AUGACUGUCAAAUACAAUCUGUAUCCUCCACUGCCUGUGCAGAUGGAUAUGUCAGUGUCUCUCUGGUGUGAGGAGGUGGAGGACGAGCAGAGUCAGAACCAGAGCCAGACUGAGCGCCAGGCCCUGAGUCAGGUCACGGCCUCGUCCCAGCUGCGAGCCGCCUGGGACCCCACGGUGUCCGGGCACCGUGUGAUCCAGAGGCUGCUCCACGUGGAGGAGAGGUACAUGCCCUCCAUGCUCUACAUCACCCUCAUCCAGCGGGACCCAGAGCGCAGGGAGGAGCUCGCCAAAUGGGCCCUGGAGGUGUGCUGUGAGUGCGGCUGCGACGAGACAGUGUUCCCCCUGUCUGUCUCCCUGUUGGAUAGGUUCCUGUCUGCCUCUCUGUCCAUACCCGUCUCGCCCUACUGUCUGGCCGCUGGCUGCAUCCUCAUCGCCUCCAAACUCACAGAGUGUGACAAUGUGACCGCCGACACUCUCUGUGCUGCGGCCGAAUACAGCUUUCAUCCCUCCAACCUGCGGGAAAUGGAGCGUGUCAUCCUUGCCACCCUCCGGUGGGACACAGCAGCAGUGACUCCGCAGGACUUCCUCCCACACUUCCUUGCCUGCGUGGAGGAGAGAGGAGAUGGCGACAGAAGCGACUCCGAGAGGGAGCCGCUCUCCACCCUGCGGCGGCACAGCGACACGCUGGCCGCCAUGUGUGCCUGCGACUCCCGCUUCCUGGGAGCACCACCAUCACUUGUUGCUGCAGCAUCACUGAACUGUGCCCUGCGAGGUCUGGGCAGCAAGAGCUCGACACAGCUGGCUGUCAUGGGUGAAGCACUGGCGGAGCUCUGCCAGACAGACCUGGCAGUGCUGCAGUGCUACAGUGAGAUGAUCGAAUACGGCCUCCGACAGCGGCUGAGGAUUGGGCUCCAGCAGGGCCCCAUGGAGAAGGACGAGGAGGUGGAGAGCGAAAGACCCGGCACACCCACUGACAUGAGAGAGAUUGAUUUCUAAACACGGAAUCCACUGUUGCAUUGAACGUGUGAAUCAAUCAGAACCUCUCAAGUACAUCAGUCAAACUGAUAUAAAUUGAUCGUGACCUCAAAAUGCUCUGACAUGUUUUUAUAUUUUGUGAAAUUAUUUUAUUGAGUGACUGUUAAUUUAUUUUUGACUUUAUUUAUUUGUGAACUAUUUUGCAAUGUGUUUUCCAUGUGCCAUAUUCUAUUAAUUUUAUUGUAGGCUUAGAUGUGAUUUUGAUUGCAUAUUUAUACCUUUAAUUUAUUAUUGCGUGCAAUUGUUGGCUCUUUUGCUGUUAAUUUAUUUCAAUUUACUUGAGUUUGCGUUUUUGUCCUGAAUUAAAUAUACAACAAAUCUAUUUUUCAAAGCAA